CAACAAGGUUUAUUCUGUUCCAGGCAAUGGGGAUCCUUGGACACUGUGCACUUCUGUUGGUGGUGUGUGGCUCUGUUUGGGGCCAGAAAUUGAAGAGACAGUCAGAAAUUGACACAGGGCCAUUCCCUGUAGACUGUGAAGAUGUCUAUGCUCACGGAUCAAAUGAAGAUGGGGUGUACAUUAUAUACCCUGCUGGAUCCUCAAGUGCUGUGCCCGUAUACUGUGACAUGACUACUGAUGGUGGGAAGUGGACGGUGAUCCAGAAGAGGUUCAAUGGUUCCCUAAGCUUCUCCCGUGGUUGGACCGACUAUAAGUUGGGGUUUGGCCGGGCAGAUGAAGAGUACUGGCUAGGGCUCCAUAAUAUUUACCAGCUAACACUAGGGAAGAAAUAUAUGCUGAGGAUCGACCUGGGUGACUUUGAGGACAAUGCAGCCCAUGUAGAAUAUGCUGAAUUCUCCCUCUCCCCCAAUGCUAUUAACCCAGAGGAGGAUGGCUAUACUCUCUAUGUGGAUGGGUUCACUGAUGGAGGUGCAGGAGAUUCUCUGACUUACCACAAGGGGAUGAGGUUCUCUACCUAUGACCGUGACCAGGACACUUACCAGCAGAACUGCGCAUUCCUCUAUUCCAGUGGCUUUUGGUUUAAGGGCUGUCACAUGGCCAACCUAAAUGGGCCAUACCUGCAGGGCACCUACACGUCCUCUGGCAAUGGCAUCACUUGGACUCGCUGGAAGGGUUUUAAUUACUCCCUCAAAACCACCGAGAUGAAGAUACGACGCAUGGGAUGAUCUGCAUGCCACUUACAUUCAUUGGAUUGUGUUUCUUAUUCUGCAAUAAAUGAUAUCCACCUACA